GAAACAUAUGAGCUGAUCAUACUAUUAGGCACCUUCCGCUUCGAAGAAGUCGAUCCCUGCCCCCAUCUUUAUACCAGAAGCUGAAACUGCUCCUACCGAAGCUCCGACUAGGCGGUCAACAGUGGGUGUCGAAUCUUUGGGGAUGAAUCAGCAGCCGGUUUCGAAUACCUCCCCUCCAUCCCCCAUGGAUUCGGACAAUAUGUCCGCUAUAUCCGGUACCACACUUGCUCGUGCCCUUAUCGGAAACUCGUUCAUUUUGUCGUCGAGUGAUCGGGGAUCGCGAUACCGCAGUGGCAUGGCGCGUCAAGAUUCUGCCACUCUUCCCGGUUAUGACCAUCUAUCCAUGGAGGUCGCGCUUGCACAUGACUCGAGUCGUGACUCGACUGUAUCUCAUGUGCCUCCCCUGCCUCCAGGCUCAGGAGUACUCCUGCUGGAUCAGGCGAGAAAGUCUGUCGUCCAAGAUAAAGAACAAAAGUCUCCACAUACCAGCGCAUCCACCACGGCGUCCCCACCUUUUGGAGCUUACUAUGUGUCUCCUGAUAUCAUCAUGCAUUCAGGGUUAUCCAGACGCAUUUCUCGAAUAUCAGAGGUUCCUUCGCCCGUGCCUACAACACCAAUGUCGCCAGAGUCAAUUCGCGAUGCUCAGCCAAUGAAAAGUGGUAGCUCUAUAGCUGCAAGCAGUGUGCUCGCAAGGAUGGAUGAGACUGAUUCGGACGUUCCAAACACUGCUUCUCACACACCCGCAACGGCUUCAUCAUACCCAUCAUCUCAUCACACGGGAACAGGCGUGUCAAGCGCUUCGGCACAAUCAUCAGAAUUUAUCCCUUCCAGUCCAACAGAUGGUUUGGAUGGAUAUCACUUUGUUGCUCCUGAGUCGUCACAGCCUGUUGCAUCCAUUAGUUCUGAUGCCAAUGCUCUGCAGACGAAAUCUAGUGAUGUUAGCCUUCGGAAGCGCAGAGUGAGAGCACAGGGAGUAACGCCAUCAUUGAGGGGUGGGAGAAGUUUCAAGAUGUCGGAUGGACGGCCGAGCAGCAUUUUUCAACGCAAUAAAAAACAGAUCAGGCUUCCCAUCGGCGAACGCCCUCGUUCAAUCCUUGUCCCACAAACACCAAUCACUCCUGCAUUGAUUGCCUCUUCUAUCGCGCAGUGUCCCUCAGCGCUAUCCCAGUUCCCUCUGAGUCGGACGUUCCUAACACUAGCCCGCUUUCCGGUACAGGGAUCUUUGCACAAAGUCAGCGUGCGGAACGCGCUCUUGGACGCGUAACUGCCAGCCAGGAGUAUGACCUCCUAGAUUUUGCUAUCAAUGUGAGCCCCGGCUCGCAGAGCUCAUCGACUUGCCCCCCCUCGAGCUCUUCCACUGGGGAACAGACCUUCCCCGAGACUCCAAACAUCUUCA